CGCGCAGAGCUCCGAGAGGCCCAGCCGAAGAGCGGGCGGCCGCGGCCGUAACUUACCCCUCCCCUCGUCGCGCACGCCGGGAACCCGUCGCCGCGGCUGCUUCGGCUGCGGCGGUCGGUCGUCGUGAUGGACUGUCCGUGGAAUGAGCUGUCCCUUGCCUUUUCUCGUACUUCCAUGUUUCCCUUUUUUGACAUCGCCCACUACCUGGUGUCGGUGAUGGCACUGAAGCAUCAGCCGGGAGCAGUGGCGGUGGCAUGGAAGAAUCCUCUGUCAAGCUGGUUUACUGCUAUGCUCCACUGCUUUGGUGGAGGAAUUCUAUCUUGUGUACUCCUUGGGGAGCCUCCAUUGAGGUUUCUUGCAAACAGCACUAAUAUAUUACUGGCAUCUUCAAUCUGGUAUAUUGUAUUUUUUUGCCCCCGUGACCUUGUUUCCCAGGGAUAUUCAUUCCUACCUGUUCAACUCUUGGCUGUGGGAAUGAAGGAAGUGACCAGAACUUGGAAAAUAGUAGGUGGAGUCACCCAUGCUAAUAGCUAUUACAAAAAUGGCUGGAUAGUCAUGAUAGCUAUUGGAUGGGCCCGAGGUGCAGGUGGUAGCAUUAUCACGAAUUUUGAGCAGUUGGUAAAAGGCUGUUGGAAACCAGAAGCUGAUGAAUGGCUGAAGAUGUCCUACCCUGCCAAGGUAACCCUGCUGGGGUCAGUUAUCUUCACAUUCCAGCAAACCAAUCAUCUGGCAAUAUCAAGGCAUAAUCUUAUGUUCCUCUAUACUAUGUUUCUUGUGGCCACAAAGAUAACCAUGAUGCUUACAGAGACUGCUUUUAUGCCUUUUGCUUUUUUUGAGGAUACAUUGAGUUGGAUGCUGUUUGGCUGGCAGCAGCUGUUUUCAUCAUGUGAAAAGAGAAGUGAAACAAACUCGUCUCUCAGUGGUACUGGUUCAUCGACCUCAAAACCUAUAGCUGAUGCUUCAGAUAAAGUUCAUAAGAAGCAUACUAAAAAGACUAAGUAAAUUUACUUGAUGAACUUCAGAAGGCAAAAAAUUUUCUUUGUCUUAUCUACCUGUCAGAUUGUGAUAAAUAUUUCUAUGUAAAUGAUGUAAAAUAAAGAUUAUAUAUAAGGAUUGGAGGUGACAAAAAGAAAGAACUUCUUUCUGUUUCAGGGAGACUCUCCCUUUCUGGAUUGUAAUUUCCUGAGUGUUAUGAGUGUAUCAUGUGAAAUGGUUUUUCUAAGUUAUAUGUAAAAGAUUCUAUUGUGAUUUUUAAAACAAUUUUAUCUUGAUAAAAGCCUAGUGUUUUUGAAUGUUAGAAAAAGUAAAUCUACUGUCAUUGCAAAAUAACAAAAAUUAAAGUUUUAUUGUUUAAUCUAGAUAUUUUCAUACAUGUUUUUUAUUUGAAUCUAUUUGAGCUUUAGUUUAGCAAAAUUAAACUUUUAUUACACAUUACCAUUAUAAUUCUUAGAUAUGAAAAACAAUUCCUGUUUAAUUUUGAGUACUAAGAAAAGUAAACUUUACCUAAAUCACUUUAUAUUAUGAAUGAAAAUAAAUUAUUAGCUUAUAUUUCAGAAAUAAACAUUGUAUAUUUUGCCCGCAUUAAUUGGAAAUACCUGAAAUUCUAUUUAAUUUUUUUCUAGUAGUAUUUUUCAGUGAGAGCAGAGUAUUAUUAGUCUUAAUCUUAAGUGUGUUUCAUGCCCUUGUUUAAACUAUUUCUUUUUUCUCAAAAGAAAAUCAGGGGUAUAGUUUUUAAUAAGUUACUAAGUCCAUGUUUUGCUUUGCAAGUUUUGAGGAGCUUAUUUUUUUCUCUCUCCUUGAAACACAUUUGUUUUAACUGUAGGAGAAAUUAUUCUUCUCAGCAUUUCAUAUAUUCUUAAGUAUUAUUUCAAUUUAAAAAUUUCACCUUUGUCUUCUUUUUAAUGGGUACUUUUCAGUUUUCUAGUUGAAUGUCUCUUACUAGUUUACGUAGGUUAUAUUUUAAUGUACAUGUACAUAUAUUUUUAGUUUUAUUUUAAAUUAAAACUAGUUACCCUUAUGUAAAAAUGCUCAGCUCUAAUGAGAAUUGUCCUCGGGCAUUUGAUAACAACCACCUAAUUAAGAAGAAACAAACUAAAACCUUGUAUGGUAGUAGUCUAUUUGAAUGAAGAAUGAUGAAGUGAAAUUUGAUACCUUAUUGGCAAAAAUAAUUAAAAGAAGAAAAGGUACUAAAAUCAUGUUAGAUUUUCUUAUUUUAUUUUGUAGUUUAAAAGCCCAGUUAUAAUUUUAAAACUUUGUGACUGACAUGAUUUCUUCUACUGAGACCAUGAGCCUGCAAAAAGUUAGUAUGUAUCAGGCAUCUUUGGAUGGUAUAGAACUACUCAAAUCAUAUUCAAGUUAGAAGUCUUGAUUUUUAAAAAUUUUAACAAAUAUAAACACCAGCAGGGAUUAUACUUUUGUUAAAAAAAUGUUUUUUGGGGGGAGGACCUGUGAUAGCCUUGGGAUGCUAAGAAGUUUAUUUUUAAUAUUCUGACAGAAGGCAUUAAAUAUUUAAGAGUUCUGUAUUGCAUUUGACACUCUUGUAGUUAAAAACUUUUCACAGUUAACAUGUUGCUAAUUACUGACUUAGUUUUGAAUUUGGGUUUAACUGUAGUUGAAAUGUUACGAAUCUUAUUUUACACUUGUAUUAAAGACAGAUUUAUUAAACUAAGUUAUUUAGCACCAA